ACACUUCUUUAGUUUGCCUCAGCCGCACAAAACCCUCCAACUCCGUCUCCAUCUCCGGCUCCGGCUCCAGCUCCGACACAUCUCUCUAAAUCUUCGUUUUUCAAUCUCUCCCUCCGUCAGUCCACGGCGCCGCUCCUUCGUUUUCUCCUAAUUCGGUCAGUCUUGAAAAGCACACAAUUUCUUUGUUCAGAACAACCGAGUUGUUAAAAUGAACUCUGUGGCGAAGCAGGCAUUAACCCUGUUGAAACAACCGAAUCAACAACUUCAACAAUGUAGAGGAAUUAGGGUUAAGGUGCUUAACGGCAACCUGGAGCGUGCCCUAACGUUUAUGCAGCGGAAGAUGCAGUCGAGUGGGAUCGAGCGACUUAUUAAGAACGAGCAGACUCAUCACAUCAAGAACUCAGAGAAGCGAGUUUUGGCCCGGAAGAACCUCGAGCUUAAGAUUCGAUCCCAAGAGCUUGCUCGUAAGCUCCGAGCUAUCCUCAUCAAGAAAGUCAGGGGUCUAUGAGACUAGAGCUGGAGUUUUUUACUUGAUGGGAAGCAGAGACUAUAAAUGUUGUUUCUCCGGAAGAUACCUCAAGACAUGUUCAGAAUUUGCCUAUUAUUCUUGGAUAUUGAAACUUUCAACGUUUUGUAGUUAAACUUCAUUGGCACUCCCAGCUUUGAAAUUUGCUUGGCGCUUUGUUGUUUAUGGGAAAGCAUGCACUUGUAGAGUUUUUUUUUUGUUCUUCAAAUGCAUUUAAUAAUAAAUGACUUUCAGAAUGA